AUGGCCGACACGGAGAGCCUCAAGUUUGCGGACGCUGACUCCGUCUACGAGGCCCUGCUGCUCUCCAUUGAGGCGGCGCCACCAUGCGACCUCAACAGGCUCUCGCCAAGGCACGCCCUCCUGCCCCGGACAGUUCUGAGCACGGUGCAGGACUUUGUGGAGACGACGAUUGUGCUCAGGAAGGAGCGGAACGAGCUUGGAAUAAGUAUCACCGGCGGAAGUGAUACUUACUUGGAAGCCAUCUGCGUGAGCGAAGUGCACCGAGAUGGCGUUGCGUACCAGGACGGAAGACUCAAGAAAGGUGACGUCAUCUUAGCUGUGAACGAACUGUCCCUGCGAGACGUGUGUUCGACCGACGCCGUGCGCGCACUACGAGAAGCCCCGUCGCCCGUUCGGCUCAUGGUCCUACGCGAGAACCCACAGACGCUGUUCACCACCAAUGAAAAACCUUCAAAGUUUGUAACGGUGGAAAUGCGAAAAUCGAGCAUCAAGGACCGAAUGGGCAUCAGCUUCAUCCAGAGAACCAAUGGUCGUGGCGUCUUCAUAACCUAUAUUCAACCAGGGAGCAUAGCAGCACGCCACGGAAGAAGAAUUAUGCAAGGGGACCAGAUCCUGGAGAUCAACGGGCAAAACGUGCGGGACAGCAAUCAGAAGGACGUCGCUCAGAUGAUACUCAACAUGGACGGCGCCAUUGUGCUCCUAUUGGGCCGGGUGCCCAGCCUGACGUCCGCCAUCCAGGACUGGGCCCGCAAGAAGGCGCAGCAGUCCCUCCGUACCAGGACCUCCACCUGGUCUUCGUACACCGGCAACAACAAAGAAAAACUGCAAAUACAGAGGCCAAGCCUUCCGCUCAACAACGAGAGCUACGUGGUCAGCUUCGGAAACUGCGUCACCUCCGUGCUCGUGGCAACAAGUACGCCCAGCGGCCCGGCCUCCAGGUCCAGAGACGUUAGUCCUAGCUCUUCCAUACGGAGGUCGCGCCUCAGCAUCGUCGCCGAGGACAUCAAGCCAGGUGGCGGCGGUGGCAGUGCGGUCCGCGCCGACUCUGUGGAAGAGCAGUUCACCGCGGUCAGCCCCGACAACCCGCUACUGCCGAGCAUCAAGGUGACGAGCUUCUGA